GCGGCUGCUCCUCUAUAGGCGAGCUCCACAGAACGCGACAGGACCGGGACCAAGACCGGGACCGGGACGGACCGGCGACCAGGACUAAAGACGAGCGAGGAGAACCAUGACGGAGAGCACGAAGACCCACGUCAUCCUGCUGUCCUGCGGCAGCUUCAACCCCAUCACCAAAGGACACAUCCAUAUGUUCGAAAAAGCCAGAGAAUAUCUGCACAAAACGGGACGCUUCAUUGUGAUCGGAGGAAUCAUUUCACCGGUGCACGACUCCUACGGGAAAGCUGGUCUCGUGUCCAGCAGACAUCGCCUCACCAUGUGUCAGCUGGCCGUGCAGAGCUCUGACUGGAUCAGGGUGGACCCCUGGGAGUGUUACCAGGACACCUGGCAGACCACCUGCAGCGUGCUGGAGCAUCACCGCGACCUGAUGAAGAGAGUCACCGGCUGUAUCCUGUCCAACGUCAACACGCCAUCAACCACUCCUGUGAUUGGUCAGCCACAGAACCAGACCACGCCCAUCUACCAGAACCACAACAACAUGAACCACACGCCCACGGCCAUCAAGCUGUGGGGGAAGAUCAGCGAGAGUUUGGGCAAAAUCUGCUGCGUACGCCCGCACAUCGAACGCUUCACCUUCGUUGAUGAAAACGCCAACCUGGGGACUGCGAUGAGGUACGAGGAGAUCGAGUUGCGCAUCUUGCUCCUGUGUGGCAGUGAUCUCCUGGAGUCCUUCUGCAUCCCUGGCCUGUGGAAGGACAGUGAUAUGGAGGUGAUUGUGGGAGAUUUCGGGAUCGUGGUGGUUCCUCGUGACGGCGCCGACACAGAGAGGAUCAUUAAUCACUCCUCCGUUCUGCGCAAGUUCAAGGACAACAUCAUCGUGGUGAAGGACGUAAUAAGCCACCCGAUGGCCAUCGUCAGCUCCACCAAGAGCAGACUGGCGCUGCAGCAUGGUGACGGCCAUGUUGUGGACUACCUGAGUCAGCCCGUCAUCGACUACAUCCUGCAGAGUCAGCUGUACAUCAACGCCUCGGGAUAGAGACGACAACAUCCUGCCCGCAGUAAAACAGGGAAACUGGAGGAGGAGGAGGAGGGGGAGGAGGGUCCUACCUACAACCAUCAUCUAUUUAAAACACGACCCCUCCUCCUCCUCAAUCUAAAACUUGUCUGUCUUCUGUGUCAAACAUAUACUCUUCUUUGAGCUGUUGCUUUCCAACAGGAGCGUUAGUGUUCCUCCUUCUGUCUGUGUCAUGUGACUUUACAUCAGGGGAGGGGGAGGGGGGUAUUUUGGGAGGUCUUGGGGACGAUGCACAGAGGUAACUCCUCAGGGCUGUGGCGGCGACGGCGGUGUUUUCUCUUUCUCGUUCUUUACUAAGGUCUGCGAAUGCAUGACACAGCCGGGCAUGCUCAGUGUGCGCAGGAUCGUGCUGGACUGGGCUUCAUGCAAGAACCAUUCAUGAGCUCACGAUGCAGGCUCGGCUUACACAUCCACAGAUAAUUAGACCCAAUCUGACAUACGGUCCACUGGAAGAGACAGACGGCUGCAGCAGAGCAGGAUGAUCCCCAUGAAUUCGUUUGAGCCGUUAAAGAUUUCGGCACAAUUAACCCCGUCACCAAACACCUGAUGUUCCACCAGGUUCCACCUUUAACUUGUUCCACAUUUCAACCAAGAAGCGCCUCCAGUUGAUAGAAGAUGACAGAGACCUGCAGCAGUAAGAUCAGAGCCUCCCUGAAUCUAGACUCCUUAUUUCCUCAGACCACAUGGACCAGUCAAAACCUCUAGGCUGGAUCAGUGCAUGGGUCACUCAUGUUGCAGUACCAUGUAACGGCCACUAGUUGCUGACUCCAGUUCAAAAACUUCUUGGUGGAAGACCUAAAUGUGUCAUGAUGGCGUGCAGGCAUUUCAAGGUUUUUAUGAAGUCUCGCCACCACCUCCGGCUUUAAGCUGCUUUUCUCCACACACACCAGGAAUACUUUAAGGGCCCAGAGCACAGGUUCAGUCUGGGCACGGUCUGUGGCGUUCUUGCAUGAGGCCCGUCGUUUCCUGCAGCUCUUCUGCAAAAAUCUAACACUGCGACGCUGCUGUCACAGAAUCCAGCUCUCAAAUCUUCCACAUGUAGACGCGCUGGGAACCAGAGCUCGGCACAUACUGCGGGUAACCAUCAGGCUGUAGCAAAGCUUAAGCUCUGCAGUGUGAUGAAGAUGAUGGCGUCUGUAAAGAUGAUGUCCUCGGCGGCAGCAGUGUUUAGCAUCGUUCCUCCUCGUUUGCUCCUGUUCUUAGACUGCAUGCUUAGACAGUUUGGUUCUGGCAUGAGUGUUUAUCACUUGGUAGAUUAUAAUCUGUUGUGAACGUGUUUGCAAAAAAAGAAGUUUUAAAAAAAAGAUCAAAUAUCUAUAUGAAAAAAAUAAAACAUCGCUGCAGCGGGAAUCAUCGUCUCCCUCGUCCGGCCAUUUUCUAUUCACUCUGUACAGAAGGCAUCCCCGGGAAAUGUACGAUUUCUACACGUGGUCAGGUGUGUGUGUGUGUGUGUGUGCGUGCGUGCGUGCGUGUGUGUGUGUGUGUGUGUGUGUGUGUGUGUGUGUGUGUGUGUGUGUGUGUGUGAUUUAUGAGCACAGAUGUGUGUUUACAGAUCAGGACAGGUUUAAUUACAGUCAUCAGUAGGGAUGGGUACCGGUGUCCGGUGCCAUGAUGGCACCGGUGCUGACAUAAACGGUAGUAACCAGACCGAAAAGCAGCGCACAUUUCGGUGCUUUAUUUCGGUGCUUUUUUUUCCC